AUGGGUGGCAUAAGCAAGGCAUCAAAAAUUAUUAACUUGAGCGAAGAUAUAUUUGCAGGUUACAAUUCAACUCUGAGAGGGGGAUAUGUAACGCAUCAUGAAUACAUUCAGGUGGGGAAAGGGCGUGAUGUGGGGAUGAAUCAGAUAUCUCAAUUUGAGGCAAAGGUUGCAAAUGGAAAUGGAGAACAGACGCUCAGUCGUGAUGUUUAUCGGCUUGGACGUGGAUUCGACUUCUUUAGGAUGUUGUCAUUCUACUUCACUACUGUUGGCUUUUACUUAAGUAGCAUGGUAACUGUGCUCACUGUAUACAUAUUUCUAUAUGGGCGUUUAUACAUGGUGCUUAGUGGGUUGGAAAGACGUAUUUUGGAAGAUCCAACUGUUCGCCAGAGCAAAGGACUGGAAGAGGCUUUGGCUACACAGUCUGUGUUUCAGCUUGGUUUGUUACUAGUGCUGCCCAUGGUUAUGGAAAUUGGCCUGGAACGAGGAUUUCGUAAUGCCCUGGGUGAUUUUAUAAUCAUGCAGCUUCAACUCUCGUCAGUGUUCUUCACAUUUCAUCUUGGAACAAAAGCACAUUAUUUUGGUAGAACAAUUUUGCAUGGAGGUUCUAAGUACCGGGCUACUGGUCGAGGUUUUGUAGUUUUUCAUGCAAAGUUUGCUGAAAACUACAGAAUGUAUUCUCGCAGUCACUUUGUGAAAGGCCUAGAAUUGUUGAUAUUACUGAUUGUUUAUGAGGUCUAUGGGAAAUCAUAUCGCAAUUCAACUCUAUAUUUGUUUGUUACAUUUUCAAUGUGGUUCGUUGUUGGUUCCUGGUUGUUUGCCCCUUUUGUGUUCAAUCCAUCUGGAUUCGAUUGGGUGAAAACUGUGGAUGAUUGGACAGACUGGAAAAGGUGGAUGGGAAAUCGUGGUGGCAUUGCAAUAUCACCAGAUAAAAGUUGGGAAGCAUGGUGGGAUGGAGAACAGGAGCCCUUAAAAUCCACAAAUAUAAGGGGCAGAGUGAUUGAAAUAAUCCUUGCACUUCGCUUUUUCAUAUACCAAUAUGGAAUUGUUUAUCACCUUGAUAUAUCUCAUGGAAGCACAAGCUUUCUGGUUUAUGGACUGUCUUGGUUUGUCAUGGCAACUGUACUCCUUGCUUUAAAGAUGGUAUCGGUGGGCAGACGAAAAUUUGGCACAGACUUUCAGCUCAUGUUCAGGAUCUUGAAAGCUCUAUUGUUCCUUGGAUUUGUAUCAGUUAUGACCGUCUUAUUUGUCGUCUGUGGCCUCUCCAUAAGAGACCUAUUUGCUGCUAUUCUUGCCUUCACGCCUACAGGCUGGGCCAUCCUUCUAAUCGCUCAAGCAAUCAGGCCCUGUUUAAAAGGAAUAGGCUUUUGGGAAUCAGUGAUGGAGCUGGCUAGAGCAUAUGAAUGCAUUAUGGGCCUCGUUUUAUUCGCGCCGGUUGCUGUAUUGUCCUGGUUCCCUUUCGUAUCAGAGUUCCAAACACGGCUGCUCUUCAACCAAGCAUUUAGCAGGGGGCUUCAAAUUUCAAUGAUUCUUGCAGGAAAGAAAGACAGAGCAUUAUCCACUUGAAUACUACUUACUAUGUUUCGCUUGCUAUCGUUUCGAAUUCUUGUCCCACUUUUUCAUAUCAAGCUUAUGGAUUAGAAGAUCCUGUACUCCAUAACUACAGAAGAUGAAUGAAACAUUCUCAAAUUUCAUUAAGAUCUCUGGUUGAGAGUAGGCACUGUCAUAUUCUUUCGGAUGAGAUAUACAUCGUCCAUGCAGUAGCCAAAAGCUGUUAUUACUUCUGAACAGAGAAUUUUACCUGCAUAUCUGGUAAGCUAUUCCUAAGCUGAUGUAUCCGAGAAUAUACUACUUUCCACUUUCCAUGGUAUCCCAUAUCCAAACUCUUUAGAGAAAAUUCAGACU